AUGUCAGAAAUACAUUAUACAGAUGAUACGGAGGAUCCGCCCACUAGAUAUACGGAUUCUCCUGAGUUCGAAUCCCUGAAAGAUAAGAUUGCUAAACAACUGUUUGAAAUCAAUGGUCAUAUAAGUACUUUGAACCAGUUUGUUACCAGUUUAAACUCGUUCCUAGAGAGGGGAAAUAUUAAUGUGAAAGCAGUUGAUAAUAUUGAUAAAAAAUCUGUAGAUAAGAUCACUAGAGUUACAAAAUUAAUCACUGAAAUAGAACCAUCCUUAAAAGAAUUAAAUCAAAUAGAUGUGGCAACAUUAGAUAGAACUCAAGUGAUCUCUAGAGAUAAAUUGACUAGAGAUGUAAGGUCGACAGCACAACAAUUUCAAAUAACACAAAUGUCCUUUACAGAGAUAAUGAAAUCUAUCAAUAACAAAGCUAAACAAUAUUUAAAUAUGGAUGCUAACGCAACAGCAAUCUCACAAGAACAAGAAAAUGAACAAAGAGGUAUACAUCUUACUAAUCAAAUACAAGUCGUUAAACCUAAACAAAGUACAAUCGUAGUAGAAAUGGAUCCAAUCAAUAAUGAAGAAUUUGCAUACCAACAAAAUUUAAUCAAUCAAAGAGAUGAAGAAAUAUCUAAUAUUCAACAAGGUAUGUCCGAUUUAAAUGACAUAUUUAAGGAUUUGGGAGCUGUAGUACAGCAACAAGGUAUCAUGGUUGAUAACAUCGAAGCAAAUAUAUACUCUGCCUCUAAUAAUACAAAUAUGGCCUCCAGGGAGUUAGACAAGGCCAGAAGAUAUCAAAGAAGAUCAAGUAAAUACUGUUUGUAUUUACUGGUCAUUCUAUCGGUAAUGCUCUUUUUCCUAUUACUAAUCAUAUUCAUAUAG